UCAUGAUCCCAGGCUGCCUUCAAACUCCCUAUGGAGUCAAAGAUGACCUCGAGCUUCUUCUGUUCCUCCUUGUCUCUACCUCUCAAGUACUGGGGUUACAGGUGUCUACCACUAUGCCCAGGUAGUUCAGUACUUGGGUGCUUAUGAUUAAAUGUAAGGCUUUAGGCAUUGGAGGCAAGGCACUCUGCCAAUUGAGCUGCUUCCCCACCCCUUGGGUUGAAAUCUUUGAUACAGGAAACAGAACUUGAACACAUGAUUUAACAUCUCAGCUUCAUCACUUAUUAAGCCUUGGGCCAGUAUUUAAAACACCCUGAUUCUGUUUCCUCUUUUCUUUUUUCUUUUUUUUUUUUUUAAUCUUUGUAAAUUGAGGAGGUUAACAUUUCCCAUCUUGCAAGAUUGCCAUGAAAGUCAGAGCUAUUUUGUGCAAAAUGCCUGGUACCCAGCAGGUACUCAGCUAUACCAGGUAAUAAUCACAAAUGAAUCAACUCAGACGAAGCACGUACGAGUCACUUAUAGAGCAUUAUUGGUGUGACUGGAUGGAGCGGUUGAGAAGGAAGGAGUUACACAGGGGCAGAGUGUGCAUGGUGUCUUGGCAAUUAGGACAGAGUUCAAUUUUACCCCUCAACCCCAGGUAGCUUUUCUGUGUGAUUGACCUCGGCAUGCUCAACCACUGAACACCACCACUAGCCCCUCUCCCCCAGCUUUUGAUGAAGGACUUACUUAACAAUCACUUAGCAGCAUUCUGAAUAUAAAAUAUGAAUACAGGACGUGAUCUUGGCUAAUUACUGCCUACUAGUGAAUGACAUACAACUGGCUUCAUGAGUGGGGAGGGUGACAUUUGAGGAGGGCAAACAUGUGUGCAGAGCUACACCACAGGAACCACGCAGCUGGCCAAGAAGCCUGGCUUCUAUGUGGAUGUCUUCAGGUCUUACGGCAUCUCAGUUACAGCAUGCCUCUCUCUCCAAACUAGUGUUGCAUACAUCUUUUUUUGGCUGCAUACUAUAUGGUAUUGAAUACACAGCAAAUAUCCAAUAAAUACUUGUGUAACUUUAAUUUUUCAAAUACCUAUGUUUAAUGAUGGUUUUAAAACGCUUUAACCUCCCUUGUUAUAGCCCACCACCCACCAGAGGAUGGAAAAGAAAGGAUACGGGGAAGUGGACCUAUUUAGAAAUGGUUCUUUGGAGCAAUUCCCAUCUGUGUUGUCUGGAAAUCAGUGGUCCAGUUCAUAGGUUAGCAGCAGCAGCUCGAUCCAUUCGCAAACACUUCAUAGAUACAGUCCAGUUCGGUAGAGUCAGGAUAGCAAACACAAAUCAGCCAUGGUGGCACUACUUAGUAGAGACAGCCAGGCCUCAGCCUCUGCUGGAAUCAGCAGGAGGGACCAGGGCCAAAAGGAACAAGGAGAAGUCCUCAGCUGUGCCUCUCUCAAGGUAUCCAAGAUCAGAGAAGACGCAAGACCCACACGCGUUGCACAGCUAGCUCUAUAAGCAAGCCAAGCUCAGCCUUUACCCAUGUCCAUUAAGUUCUAUUUAUUCCCUCCAAGCAUCAGGAGUCUUCCAUGGGUCUUGCCUCAACAUGUGCACCUGUCUCAGCUGACAUCACUUUGCCAAUCAGCCCAAGUCCGAGGAAGUGGCAAGAAACUGCAGCACACCACCAGAAGUUUUUUGGCUCGGUUUCUCUCUAUGGAGUCUCAACAAAUGCAGCUCAACUACGCAAUGCAAGGUGGACACAAUGCAUGUGUGUCGUUAGCAAAGAAUCCUUCAUCACGUGUCCUUUCGCGUGUUGCUUUAGCAGUACAUCCUUUCACCUGACGUUCCUUCGAGAAUUUGCCUUAGCCUUUCAUACCUGUGUCCACUUUAACAAAACGUUCCUUCACGUGUUUGUCACACGUGACACAUGACAAACAAAAACAAGCAAAAACACAAUCCAAAUGACUUUUCAAAAAACCCUUAAGUUUCUUCUUCAUACUUGUUACACAGAUUGGGAACUGCAGACACAUACACGUAUUUGUCUAUCAAUGGAUCUGACAUACUUUUAUCCCCAUUCCUGGGGCCAAUUUUCCAUGUAGCCUGGCAAUUGAGUCAUAUCUAAUUGCUGCUUGGCCUUUUGGCUAAAAUCAAGUGUUGAGUCACAGCUAGACUAUAUAUAGCUGUAUCCUUGCUCUAACUGUUGUCCCAAAGAAGUCUGUGAAGGAAAUAUGUUAUACAGGCGACUGGCUGUGAAGGAUAUUGAAAAGUGCUUAGUGUGACUGAAGAAUGAAUUUUCAUUUUGCUUUCAUUAGGCUAGAUUUAGGUAACUAUAUGUGUCUAGUGGUUAUUUUAUUGGCCAUCUCUAGUCUUUGAGAAGCGUUGAGACAGGACCUCCUGUAACCCAGACUAGCCUUAAACUCACUAUGUAUCUGACAGUGCCUUCACCUUAUGAUCCACCUCCCAAGGGCUGGGGUUAUAUACAUGCGUGACGUCCUUCCUGCUGUCUCUUGUGGUGGCCAGCUCUUGUGCUUUUCUACACCACAAUCAACUGGUAUAUGACAGAUAACACUUUUUGAUAGUGUUUAUAGUUGGCGGGCUUCUCUAGUAGUCUUAUCCCAGCACUUGGGAGGCAGAGGCAGGCUGAUUUCUGAGUUCGAGGCCAGCCUGGUCUACAAAGUGAGUUCCAGAACAGCCAGGACUAUACAGAGAAACCCUGUCUCGAAAAACCAAAAAAAAAAAAAAUUAAUUUUUUUUUAAUGCAUGAGUAUUUCAUCUGCAUGCACACCUGAAUGCCAGACGAGAGUAUCGGAUCCCAUUACAGAUGGUUGUGAGCCACCAUGUGGUUGCUGAGAAUUGAACUCAGGACCUCUAGAAGAACAGCUAGUGUUCUUAACUGCUAAGAUGUCUGACCAGCCCCCCAGGGAUAAUGCUUUUUAAAAAUGGUUGCAGCAGGGAGCAGUAAUGCAUGCUUCUAAUUCCAGUGCAUAGGAGGCAUAGACAGCCAGCCUUGGCCACAGAGACCCUUCAAAAAAAAAAAAACCAAAUAAACAAAUCAUUUUAUUAAUUGGUUAAAUUAUAUUGGACAGAUAGGUUUCAUUUCUGUACCGUUAAGUUUCAGAUGAACAGGAGGAAUACAGGGACCACAGCUUUACUGCCAGAGCACCAGUGCACCAGUAUAUAUAGUUUCACAUUUUGGUGUGCUUGGUUUUUGUAAAGACAGGGUCUCAGGUAUCUCCUACUGGCUUUGAACUUUUGUAGCCAAGGAUGACAAUGAAUUUUAUUGACUGAGUUGCUUAGUUGCUUAGCUUGAGACAGGGUUUCUUUGUGUAGCUCUGGCUGUCCUGGAACUGGCUUCAUAGACAGGGUGGGGGUGGGGGUGAGGGGAUGGGGGUGGGUGGGUGGGGUGCCUCUGCUUCCUGAGCGCUGGAGCCAAACUUGGGUGUCACCACUGCCUGCCUGGCUGACACUGAAUUCUUGAUCAUCUUACCUGUAUCUCCCAAGUGUUGAAAUUAUACACAUGUACCACCAAGCAUAGCUUGGGUGCAAUCUACACAGGAAGGCCCCAGUGUAGAAAUUAAAUUCUAUAUAAAAGUUUCAAGAACACAACAUAUUUAAUGCCAGAAAACAAAUCAUAAUUUUUUUUCUUUUCUUUUUUGAGAUAGGGUCUGGUAUUCAACCCAGAUAAGCCUGGAAUUUACUAAGUAGCCCAGGCUAGCUUUUAACUCUUGAUACUUCUGCCUCACUCUGCCAAGUAAUAGAACUACAGGUGUUUUCUUUUUUUACUAAAUCCCAGCCUUUUGUUACUACCAGUUUGUAGACAAGUCAGCAGGUAUACAAACAUGUUUAGAGUGGCUGAAAAAACAGGGAGAGGAUCAAAGUGCAUAAUCUAGCUGGGUGCUGGCUGUCUUCCUCAUCUGUAAUUAAAGGGUCUCCAAACUGGUGGAUCAGAUUUGCAGGGGACAGAGGCCUAUCUUUAUAGUACAACGAGGGGAACUUCCAUGAAAAUCUAAGGCUUACUCAAAGGUCAAUAGAAAAUACGGUGAGUAGCAACACAAGGCCCGCUCUAUAUGGCUGUUAGGCAUGGUGGAGUACAGCAAGCCUCUUUCCCAAACCUUGCACCACUGGUUGGGGAAGAGACAAAAGAAAGGCUCUGGCCUCGCCCUUGCGGAACUUAAAAUAAGUCCGACUGGCAAGGCAGGACUUGUAAAAUUUAAAAACGCAGUUAAAUGGUGGAAAAACUAAACAAAACACCACCUUUGCAUAACAAUCGCCUAUGGGUGUUCUACAGGGCAGCGGUGGAAACUUGAAGAGUUUUUUAAACCUAGAGCCGGAGGGACAAAAAAAAAAACAAAAACCAAAACAAAAAAAAAAAAACCCAAGAAACAACAACAAAAAAAACAACCCGAAAACCAAAAAACUAAACUAAGAUGGAAGAAAGGAGGUUGUUCUCGAGUGGAAAAUGCCAGGUGAGGACUGAAGGCGGGUGGAGGAGAGCCUCCGCCAGGACACAGAAGGCAGAGCGCCGGUGGAGCGCGGCGGCUCAAGAGCCGGAAAGGCCGGCGGCCACUGCGGCGGGUCCGUUUAACCGAAAGGUGGCUUCUAAGAGCCUCCAUUUGCGCGGUCCGGCCCAGCGCGGAGGUCGCGCAGUGGGGGCGGGGCGGGGCCUGCGCGCGCAGCCGCUCUAGCGGGCCUCGCCUCGGCAGGGGGCGGGGCGCCUAUAUUACGUGCGCGGCGCCGCCCCUGCGAGAGGACGUUGCGUGCUCGCUCGCGCCGGGCGAGUCUCCGCGUCUUGCCUCGCGAACUCGGUGAAAGGAAUUGGCGCCGUUCGACACCAGGCGGGUCCGUUCUGCAGCAGCACUCAGCCAUCUCCAGCCGCAGCCGCCGCCCGGGCCGACCAGCAGCAGCCGCCGCCGCCACAGGCCGAGGGAGCCAGCAGUCAGCGGGGAACCGGGGCCCUCAACAUGAGUUCUUCGCCUGUUAAUGUCAAGAAGCUGAAGGUGUCGGAGCUGAAGGAGGAGCUCAAGAAGCGGCGCCUCUCCGACAAGGGCCUCAAGGCCGAUCUCAUGGAUCGACUCCAGGCCGCGCUGGACAACGAGGCAGGAGGCCGCCCCGCCAUGGAGCCCGGGAACGGCAGUCUCGACCUAGGUGGCGAUGCGGCCGGGCGCUCGGGAGCGGGCCUAGAGCAGGAGGCCGCGGCUGGCGCCGAAGACGACGAGGAGGAGGAGGGCAUCGCCGCUCUGGACGGCGACCAGAUGGAGCUGGGCGAGGAGAACGGGGCGGCGGGGGCGGCUGACGCCGGCGCGAUGGAGGAAGAGGAGGCAGCGUCGGAAGACGAGAACGGCGACGACCAGGGCUUCCAGGAGGGGGAAGACGAGCUCGGCGACGAGGAGGAGGGCGCGGGCGACGAGAACGGUCACGGGGAGCAGCAGUCCCAACCGCCGGCAGCGGCGGCGCAGCAGCAGCCUUCCCAGCAGCGUGGUGCCGGCAAGGAGGCCGCGGGCAAGAGCAGCGGCCCCACCUCGCUCUUCGCGGUGACGGUGGCGCCGCCAGGGGCGAGGCAGGGCCAACAGCAGGCGGGAGGAGACGGCAAAACAGAACAGAAAGGUGGAGAUAAAAAGAGAGGCGUUAAAAGACCGCGAGAAGAUCAUGGCCGAGGGUAUUUUGAGUACAUCGAAGAAAACAAGUACAGCAGAGCCAAGUCUCCUCAGCCACCUGUUGAAGAAGAAGACGAACACUUCGAUGACACAGUGGUUUGUCUUGAUACUUAUAAUUGUGAUCUGCAUUUUAAAAUCUCGAGAGACCGUCUGAGUGCUUCUUCCCUUACUAUGGAGAGUUUUGCUUUCCUGUGGGCUGGAGGAAGAGCUUCCUACGGUGUGUCAAAAGGCAAAGUCUGCUUUGAGAUGAAGGUAACAGAGAAGAUUCCAGUAAGACACUUAUAUACAAAAGAUAUUGAUAUACAUGAAGUUCGGAUUGGCUGGUCACUAACCACAAGUGGAAUGUUGCUUGGUGAAGAAGAAUUUUCUUACGGGUAUUCUCUGAAAGGAAUAAAAACAUGCAACUGUGAGACAGAAGAUUAUGGGGAGAAGUUUGAUGAAAAUGAUGUGAUUACAUGCUUUGCUAACUUUGAAACUGAUGAAGUUGAACUCUCUUAUGCGAAGAAUGGACAAGAUCUUGGUGUUGCCUUUAAGAUCAGUAAGGAAGUUCUUGCUGACCGGCCACUAUUCCCACAUGUUCUCUGCCAUAACUGUGCAGUUGAAUUUAAUUUCGGUCAAAAGGAAAAGCCAUACUUUCCAAUACCUGAAGACUGUACUUUUAUCCAAAAUGUCCCCUUAGAGGACCGAGUUAGAGGACCAAAAGGACCUGAAGAGAAGAAGGAUUGUGAGGUUGUAAUGAUGAUUGGCUUGCCAGGAGCUGGAAAAACUACCUGGGUUACUAAACAUGCAGCUGAAAACCCUGGGAAAUACAACAUUCUUGGAACAAAUACGAUUAUGGACAAGAUGAUGGUGGCAGGUUUUAAGAAGCAAAUGGCAGAUACUGGAAAACUGAACACACUGUUGCAGAGAGCCCCACAGUGUCUUGGCAAGUUUAUUGAAAUUGCUGCCCGUAAGAAGCGAAAUUUUAUUCUGGAUCAGACAAAUGUGUCUGCUGCUGCCCAGAGAAGAAAAAUGUGCCUGUUUGCAGGCUUCCAGCGGAAAGCUGUUGUAGUGUGCCCAAAAGAUGAAGACUAUAAGCAGAGGACACAGAAGAAGGCAGAAGUAGAGGGGAAGGACCUACCAGAACAUGCUGUCCUCAAGAUGAAAGGAAACUUCACCCUUCCAGAGGUUGCAGAAUGCUUUGAUGAAAUAACCUAUGUUGAACUUCAGAAAGAGGAAGCCCAAAAGCUUUUGGAGCAAUAUAAAGAAGAAAGCAAAAAGGCACUGCCACCAGAAAAGAAGCAAAACACUGGCUCAAAGAAAAGCAAUAAGAAUAAGAGUGGCAAGAACCAGUUCAACAGAGGUGGUGGCCAUAGAGGCCGUGGAGGAUUCAAUAUGCGAGGUGGCAAUUUCAGAGGAGGAGCUCCUGGGAAUCGUGGUGGAUAUAAUAGGAGAGGCAACAUGCCACAGAGAGGUGGUGGCGGUGGAAGUGGUGGAAUUGGCUAUCCAUACCCACGUGGCCCUGUUUUUCCUGGCCGAGGUGGUUACUCAAACAGAGGGAAUUACAACAGAGGUGGAAUGCCCAACAGAGGGAACUAUAACCAGAACUUCAGAGGACGAGGAAAUAAUCGUGGCUACAAAAAUCAAUCUCAGGGCUACAAUCAGUGGCAGCAGGGUCAAUUCUGGGGUCAGAAGCCAUGGAGUCAGCAUUAUCACCAAGGAUAUUAUUGAAUACCCAAAUAAAACGAACUGAUACAUAUUUCUCCAAAACCUUCACAAGAAGUCGACUGUUUUCUUUAGUAGGCUAACUUUUUAAACAUUCCACAAGAGGAAGUGCCUGCGGGUUCCUUUUUUAGAAGCUUUGUGGGUUGAUUUUUUUUUUUUUCUUUUCUUUUUUGUACAUUUUUAAUUGCAGUUUUAAAGUGAAUCGUAAGAGAACCUCAGCAUUGUGCACGAUAAGAGAAUGUGUCAGUAUUUCAGGGUUCUACAUUUUAUCUGUAAAAUGUGACUUUUUUUUUUAUCACAACAAAAGUAAAAUGUUGCUUUGUACCUGGUGUCUUUUAUUAAGCAUUUACUCCCCCAUUUCUCACAGAGAAUAACAGUCGGGAGUCAUUGUCACAAUAAAAUAGCAAUGUUAGCAGCCAGAUUCAUGGAAGGACUAAGGGGUCCUCAUGAAUUGCAUUAAGAUUCUGUACUGCUCAUGAUACACUCCAUCCUCUCUAGACUGCCUGCCGGGUAAUAGUGGACGGGUAAUCUCUGACAAAACGGGAAGGCUAUUUUUUUUCUGUUUGACAAUGGAAUUGGCAUAAUUGGGAAUGAAGAUAAAAUUUGGAACCAAGAUUGAGAAGAUGGAGUGUAUGUAGAAGGGCUGUUCAAAAAUGUAAACUUGGUUGCAUUAUAUGUGGAGGCUCAAACUUGUGAAGGUUAAAUACCAUAAAAUUUUCCAUUUGUUCUGCAUUUUGAUUCUGAAAAGAAAGCUGGCUUUGCCCAUUUCUUAUUAAAAAAACUUGUUGUAAAUCCAGUUGUCUAAUGGGAUCUAUAUGAAGUUAGCUAUGUCUGUAUGCCCUUCUCCCACAAAUACUGUAUUACUAGUGUGCUUGUAGUAGUUAACUCCACCAUCUUUGUAAGCUAAUGAAAUUGUGAGUCACCCAUUUAUAUCUUAAUUUUUAAUCAUGUCAGUUCUUGAAUGGGUAUCUCCUUAGCCUGCUGAUUUCUUUUUCUUUCUAAAGAAAGUGGGUGGAGAAAUUAAUUUAGACGUUUGUUUGCAAUAAAAAGAAUUCAUUUUACUCUUGUUUGGGAUUCUCGCCAUCAAGGUCUAAAUCCCUUUAUAGUAUGACUCCCAAGAGGAGAAACUUUAAGUGUGUGCUUUCUGGACAGCUUAUUCUUUACUCUGUACUUCGGAACAUUUAGGUUUUAAAAACUUAAAUGUAUACUGAUGAUUGAUUUUAUAAUAUAAAGUUGAAUUCUUCCCUUCCCCUCCCCCCAAGACUGCUUUUAACAUUUAUGAGGGGCAAAGGUACUGGCUGGGAGAAGUUAAUGUUCAGUUGACCAUGUUUAUGAAAUGUGAGUGGCUGUCCUCACCUGAUAAUAGACAUAUAAUACAUGAAACUUUGGGAACAGAUGCUUUUAGAAGCCAUCAUGCAAGCCAGUCAUUGAUUUCACUACUACACAAUGCUGCUAACUUAACUAGCUAUGUGAUAAAUUAGAUCCCCUAAUUGUAAUUUUAUUGGGUUUGCACAGAACACUUAAAUCUUGUAAAGGAGCCUCACUGUGUGAAGUGAGGAAUCAGGAGUCAAACUGUAGAACUAAAAUUAGAAUUUAGUCUAGUUGUUAGUGUUUAUAGCCUGCUUCUGGUAAGUUCAGGUUUUCCUGUAUUAUUAAUUGCUGUAGAACUUUGUUUUAAAUCAGAUUUUUUUUUUAAUACUUUAUUAUACUCUAGGAAUUACUACAGGCUAGUUUCUGCAAUCAGGUUGCCUCAGAAAUAACACUACAAAGUAGUAUCUUCUCGGCUUAGUUAACUGCUAUAAACCAUUGGUAUGAGUAUCUGCCCUACAUACGUAACAUUAUGAUUAUAUAUUCCUAACUCUGGGAGUAAUUCAGUUCAGUGGUUAUCCUAAUAUUUUAAUCUGUGCCUUUCAAAAAUCUUGUAUAGACCUAGUACUAGAGACGCAUGGCUACAAAAAAGGGUCAAAUGACAAAGUAGAACAUGAUACAUGCAUUGCCUGAAAAAUUGGAUGGGAGGGAAAGCUUGCUAUCUGAAGUGAUCUCACUAGUUACAUCUGUACAUGAAAGUUUUCUUUAAUGGAAAAGAGGCAAUCCAUUCAGAGGGGGAAAAAUGGCUUAAGUUUUUGAAAGAAUCCCAAAUAUUGAUAGGAUCAGAAUUGACUUGAUAAUCAAGCUGGGCAUGACAACACAGGGGCUUUUAAAAAAGAUACAAGCUGGAGGGCAGCCUGGGCUAUAUUCUAUAUUGUGAGGUGUUCUCUCUGUAAUUAAGUACCAGCAGAGCCAAAAGCUGGGGAAGGUGGCUGCCAUUGUAGAUCAGUGGUAGAGCACUUAUUAUCAGCACCUAAGAGGUAAUAAAUUAGUUAACUUUGUUACUGAGAAAAUGGUGUAGAUUAAUAGUAGCAAAGAGGCGUUCUCACUAAUGUCUAUAGACUAUUUUAAUGGCAAAUAUUUUAAUCACAUUUCAAUGGCAUUUUAGGUAGUAUGCACUUGGGUGUGAAAGACUAGUUCUGUGUACAUCAAUGUGAAUAUAAUUGAUUUUUUUAAAAUGUAGAAUAAGCUUAAACUAAUUUCUUUUUUACAUAAAUGUAAUAUAUUUUUUAUUAAAGUGAACAAAAUUUGUAGCAGAUAACUACACUCCAGCUUUCAUUCUUAAGCUGUUUUCCAUAGACAGAUUAGCAACAGUACUUUAACCUAAAGCUACUUUUGGGUAAACUUCAUUAAGAGUCUUUCUUUUCCUUCUCUAUAUUAAAUAUUCUGGUGCCUGGGUCAGUACUUGGCAAUGCUUGAUAGUUUUGUGGUUUGUCCAAAACACUCCGUUGCUCUCAUGGAGAGCCUUUUCCUUGUAUGAUUUUUAGCUUGGCAUUUGAGCAAAUAGAGUAGAUACAAGGCAUGCUUCAAAUAAAAGGAAGAUGGAAAGUUCUAGGCAGUUUGAGUUACAGGGUUUUUUGUUUUGUUUUUUGCUUACUAUUAAUACUUGGUAUGGGUACAUGUUCAUAAGAGAAGUAUUCAAAGAACUUUGUCUAGUUGACCGAUAUUGUCUCAUCAAUCCUGUCACUAACCUUUUUUUUCUGAAGACCUUGGAGCUGUAGUGCUUAUUGAAGGAGAUAAUGCAGCAUUGGUAUAGAACAGUGGAUAGAAUCAGGAAUUCUUAAGUGGAUGCUACUUUAUUUGCAAAUUCAUGGGUUUGAUGCCAAAUAGGUUGAAAGAACGAACUUAGGAAUGAUAUAGCAUUACAUCCUUAACUCCCAUAGCAUAAAAGUAUAGGAGAUUGAAUAUUGAAAUGCUCUAGAAUUUCACUUAAUUUGUAAGGUGGAAUUCAGAAGGCAAAAUUAUAUAUAAUCACUUAGAAAAUGAGUCAUCUUACAAACCCAGUGCUGGUAGGCUAGUAUGUGUUGAAGAUAGUGAUAGGUAAUCUGUUUGCUACCAGGACAUUAGCCUGUAGUUACCUUUCUGCCUAAAUACAAACUUGGGAAAGAGGUCUUUAUGACAAAAUUUAGUAUAUACCUGAACCAAGAGAAGUGAGUGUAGAGGUUUACUUUUUAACUUAGCUGAACAUGCAUAUAUAGGGUAGUGUAUAUUCUGUAAAAACCUCCAAGAGGUUCUAGGCAUUUAUUUCUUUGGACAACUGAACACCUUGUGUAGCAAUGGCAUAAUUCUAUAUCAGUAUAAGUUAAUCUAUGAAAUCUACUUGGGUUUGAGUCUGAAUUAACAGCUGAACUGCUGUUGGAUUAUUAGUUAACCUGUUUUCCUUUAAGACUGUCUUUGAGAUGAUAGAAAAUAGUUUAUCCACUUAAAAGUCUUAACAUUUUAACACAUAUUUGAACAAGUUGAUACUGGCCAAAAAUUGAAGCCAAAUCAAAAUUUGAUGGGAACUGAGAUGCUAAAGGCAUACCUAAAUGCUUCCAGUUUGUCAGCUAAGUACUUAGCUAAUUGAGAUGGAAGAAUCAUGGACAAUAAGAAUUCAAGUGAUCCAGCAUACUACAUUUUCUUGUUAGCUUAGAAAUAAAAGCAAUGUGUUGAUUUAAAUUUCAUCUCCUUUUUCUUAGUCUGUCCAUGUGAAUGUGCUGUGUGAAGAGUAAAAGGGGCCCAACUAAAUGUGUUCCAGUGAUUCUAAUAGGUAUUCAAAUUAAUUGCUGCUUGUAUGUUUACCAAUUACUGCUAGGUUUCCAGGACCACCUUAUACAAAGCUAUUGGCAACCAAAUGGACAGGAAAAUCCUCUGAAGGAUUUUCUAACUUUGCCUUUGUAUAUCAGAAGUAAAGUGUAAAAGACUAUAAUCAAGUCUAAGCUUUAAAGACAUUUACCCUCAACAGUGAUCUUUAAGGGGACUUUUCUGCCCUUGCUUACCAAAUUUUUUUUUCCUGUCUUGACCAGACUGGUAGUAAAGUGAAUAAAAAUGAGAUGAAGAAAGUCAGAUGCUGAAGUUAAUGGGAAACUUGGUGUGAGCUUUGGUUAUGCCAUCCUCAGAGCUUUUACUAUUGUAAAACAUAGAUUAAGUCUAGGUGAAGUCCAUGAGAGGACUUGUUUUCAUUUCAGUUUUGAUGGCAACAGUUUGGGUUUGUGCAGUAAAAAUGGCUGUACCCUCAAAAGGCAACCCAAUGGCUUUCUAAGAGUAGGCAGCCAAAGGUUCAUUGAGAAAAACAAAAGUUGUAGGAAAUCUAUUAAAUAUGCUUUAAAUUUGAGUGGCAAAGCAUGUUGUGUCUCCAUGAUAGAGAAGCAUUUGUUAGGGAACAUGUUUCCUUACAGCACACGCAGGUUAUUCUCUUAAGGAGUAUGCCAUAAACAGGUAGUUUAGACACAGUAAGCUUUGUUACAGUUAGAAAUGUUUUAACAUUUAAUUUUAGUCAAUGUCUUCAUUAGAAACUGGAAGGGUAGAGUUAAAUAUAGUGUUAAAAUACAACUUUUUACCUAGUAGUACUUAUGCUAUAAACUGUAAUACAUUGGAAAAUAUCCUAAUUUUUCCUUGCUGCAACAGCUUUGUUCUCAAAUAGUUUAAAAUAUUAAAAAUUGAACUUAAUAUAACAUGUAUUGUAGUACCAGUAUUUGGGUGGUAGUAGUGGAUUCUGGCUAUUCUAUUGACCUGAUAUAAUAAUUACUAGAACAUUAACCUGCUUCAAAAUUGAUUUUAAAGGACUGUUACAAGUCAGACUUUGAAAAUUUGUUUAAUUUUCCUAUUUACUAAGGUCUGCGUACCCAAAGAAUAGUAUAUAUUUAACAUGAUUUCUAAAGGGGUGCGUUGACACCUGUCAGAUUUCUAUCUAGGAAUAGAAGGAUUCAAACCCUAUUUGAUCCUUAGCUCUUUGCUGAAAAGUGCAUAAACAGGAAUCCUGAAUUUAUUAUAUAGACCUCCGCAUUAUAUAAUCGAAGCAAAGGGAAACCAUCGAUGGAGUUAGAGGUACGUAGACUAUAAAGAGAUGCUUGCAAAUCAAAUACUGGUUUUAGCAUAGUUGCCAAACUCAGUAAGUCACAAGUCCAGAAAAAAGCUGUUCCUAUUAAAUCUCCCUGAGGUCCUUUUACUAAGAUAGAAAAAUAAGGAGUCAAUGAGGGGAGGGGUUGAGGGAAAUGGGAAAGGAAUUAUAGCCUAGGAAUGGUAGAUAGCUACCCCAGAACUUUAAAACUACUAACACUACAAUUCUAUUUUAAUCAGCUUUUUGGCUGGUACCUACUGCUAUACCACCUAGUAUGACAUUUCGGGAUUAUCGGGACAAUGACAGAAGCGGUGUACAUGGAGGGUAUAGAAGUUGUGCUGCUGUGAAAAUGAGUAGUGAAGAUGUUUCCAGCCAAGAGAGGUCUCCCUUUCAUGGUAAGAUAUAACUGCAGAAUGGAUGAUAAAGCUGGAAGGAAUUAAAAUACCUGCUUUUUCAUAGCGAUAUGGCUAAGACCAUAAAAAUAAGUACACUGUCCACACAAACUCAACAAAAUUGUGGUUUCUACCAGAUGAGUAACUUUUCAGUGCCCACCACUGACAGUUACACAAUUCUCUACACCCUGUCUUUACUGUUUGAAGGAUAGGUGAAGAAUAGAAUUGUCAAGGUUGGCUCAUCUUGACACAAAGUUCUAAGGCCAGUAAUGGAUAUAUAUCCUUGCUUGGGUUUGAUUUCUCCUUCAGGCUGAUGGUACUUUUUUGUGAACAUGUAAUUAAGCUGACACCUUGGGAGGGUUUUACAUUCCAUGUUUUUGGCAUGGUCUAACAAACAUACUGUACUGGCAGUAGAGAACAAAAGGAUUUCAUGUAAAACAAUACAGUUUACACACGUUUGAGUUUUUUAAUCUAUGGUUGAUUUACAAGUUGUUUGGGUUUUAAAGCUGAUUGAAGUUGCUUAGCUGCUGUUGUUGGUCUUCAUUUUUCUUUCAGGAUCAAGGUGGGUGCUUUCAUAUAAAAUCUUAUUUUUUAUUCCUUCUCUGGCAAUUCUUUCCUGGAUCCUCUGCUUAGCGAAAUUAUACCUACAGUGGAACCUUGUAAGAAUGAAAAAGAAAGUAAGCUACUAGUUCCUAUAUAUGAGCAACCUAAGGAAUUUUAAUUCACAGAUUUCCAAAAUGCUUAUAAAGGACUAUCCCAAAACUAAAUUUAAAGGUGUUUAUACAAAUGUUCUUUAUAACUACAUAAAACAUAGAUUUCUGUCUCCUUAGAAUAAUUAUACCUGUUGUAGAACAAACACUGUAGGAAUCUCUUGGGUCUGACUCACUCAAAACUUAAUGGAAUUCUGCCACUCGUCUGUUAAACAUUCAAUGGGUAAUAAUGGAGGUUUAUAUAUUGCCAUAGUUUCCAGCAAAAAACAAAAACAAAACAACUGGUGACUCAUACCUUUAAUCCCAGCACAACUACACAGUGAGAGACCCUGUCUCAAGUGCGCGUAUAUACACAUCCAUGUUUAUUGAAUGAGUCCUGUUACUUUAUCCUGACUUUAACUGCAAUAUCCAGCAAACAUACCAGCAUCCUAAAGUCACCAGGAUAAAUCCUCCUACUCCAACAUCACAUGAUCUUCUAAUUCUACCUAUUGGAAAAAGCAUGGUCAGCAUAAAUUCUGUGUAGAAAACAUUAUAAUAGAGCUGUUUUAAUUUAAGGAAAAUACUCACUGGUCACCAAGAAAUGUCCAAGUCCAGUCACAAUAGAUCCUAAUGAGCCAUAGAGUAUAGAUUCUCGAGCACAUGGAGUGUUCUCAACAUCUAAAAUACCUAGGAGCUUGAAGGGCUAGGAUAAAAUGAAAAAGAAUUUAGCCUGAACAAGAAAAUAGUUAGGUUCCUAUUCAAUUUUUAAUUACCAGUCAGCCAACUUAAAGUGUUCUAAUCUGCCACUUCAGGAUUUACUUCAGCAUUUGAAAUAAUGAGCACAGUGAUUAACCUCUAGCAUGAAGUGACCAGUCUUCCAAGGACAUGUCACUCAGCACUGGCUCAGAGAUGGGGGUCAAAACAUUUUUCACACUCUGUUCAUGCAAGUCUUAGACAUCUGGUGGUUUGUGACUGUAAUGUAAUCCCAGCAAUCAGGAAACCACAGCAAGAAGAACCACAACUACAUUGCUGUGAAUUGGAGGUCAGUCUGAGCUUGAGGAUGCAAGACUACACAUAACUUAUAUGACAGAGCAUGUGCGAAAAGAAGCCAUUCUCUAUUUGUACCCCAGCCCUGGAAGCACAGAUGUUUUCUGCAAUGCCACUCAAUGCUUCUAGAGGAUGACUGCAUAAGAGAUGAAACGUAACACUGGUGGGGAAUGGAGUAAAAGACAUGUUAGGUUCGGUUAAAGAUAGGGUAGAGCUGCACUCCCCUUAGCUCAAGGAUCUGCCUGAACGUGUGUAACCUGGCUUUCAUUAAAGUAAAAUUGUUCUUUCACUGA